CGCGGGCCCGGGGCCCGGCGCGUGCGGCUGGGAGGCACUGUGGGGGGCGGGCGCGCGGGCGGCGGCCGGGGCCAUGGCCGAGGGCGGCGGGGGCGCGCGGAGGAGGGCGCCGGCGCUGCUCGAGGCUGCCCGCGCGCGCUACGAGAGCCUGCACAUCUCGGACGACGUGUUCGGCGAGUCCGGCCCGGACAGCGGCGGGAACCCCUUCUACAGCACCUCGGCCGCCUCGCGCUCCUCCUCGGCCGCCUCCUCGGACGACGAGCGCGAGCCCCCGGGACCCCCAGGGGCCGCCCCGCCACCGCCCCGUGCCCCGGACGCUCAGGAGCCGGAGGAGGACGAGGCCGGCGCGGGCUGGAGCGCCGCGCUGCGCGACCGUCCGCCCCCGCGCUUCGAGGACACCGGCGGUCCCACCCGAAAGAUGCCCCCCAGCGCCAGUGCCGUGGACUUCUUCCAGCUCUUUGUCCCAGACAACGUCCUCAAGAACAUGGUGGUACAGACAAACAUGUAUGCCAAGAAGUUCCAGGAGCGGUUUGGGAGCGACGGAGCCUGGGUGGAGGUGACGCUGACGGAGAUGAAGGCGUUCCUAGGCUACAUGAUCUCCACCAGCAUCUCCCACUGCGAGUCCGUCCUCAGCAUCUGGAGCGGAGGCUUCUACAGCAACCGCAGCCUUGCUCUCGUCAUGAGCCAGGCCCGCUUCGAGAAGAUCCUCAAGUACUUCCACGUCGUGGCCUUCCGCUCCAGCCAGACCACGCACGGGCUCUACAAGGUCCAGCCCUUCCUCGACUCGCUGCAGAAUAGCUUCGACUCUGCCUUCAGGCCUUCCCAAACCCAGGUGCUACAUGAACCCCUGAUUGACGAGGAUCCUGUAUUCAUUGCCACAUGCACAGAGCGGGAGCUGCGAAAGAGGAAAAAGCGGAAAUUCAGCCUCUGGGUCAGACAAUGUUCUUCCACUGGCUUCAUCAUCCAGAUUUAUGUCCACCUGAAGGAAGGCGGGGGCCCAGAUGGCCUGGACGCACUGAAGAAUAAGCCCCAGCUCCACAGCAUGGUGGCCAGGAGCCUGUGCCGGAACGCGGCAGGCAAGAACUACAUCAUUUUCACGGGGCCCAGCAUCACCAGCCUGACCCUGUUUGAAGAGUUUGAGAAGCAAGGGAUUUACUGCUGCGGCUUGCUCAGCGCGCGGAAGAGUGACUGCACCGGCCUCCCACUGUCCAUGCUGACCAACCCAGCCACGCCCCCGGCCCGGGGCCAGUACCAAAUCAAGAUGAAGGGGAACAUGUCCUUGAUCUGCUGGUACAACAAAGGACACUUCCGCUUCCUGACCAACGCCUACUCCCCGGUGCAGCAGGGAGUCAUCAUCAAAAGGAAGAGUGGGGAGAUCCCAUGCCCCUUGGCCGUGGAGGCGUUUGCUGCUCACCUGAGCUACAUCUGCAGAUACGAUGACAAAUACAGCAAGUAUUUCAUUUCUCAUAAACCAAACAAGACCUGGCAGCAGGUGUUCUGGUUCGCCAUCAGCAUCGCCAUCAACAAUGCCUACAUCCUGUACAAAAUGUCAGACGCCUACCAUGUGAAGAGGUACAGCCGGGCACAGUUUGGAGAGAGACUCGUCAGAGAGCUGCUGGGCUUGGAGGACGCCUCUCCGACCCACUGAUGCUGGGGGUGCAGGACUCGGUCGGGGAGGGGUGAGAGGAGGAGGAGAGCCUGCCGUUCCAACUUGCCCAUCAGAGACCCGGACACGGCCUGGUGUGUGGCUUGCUGCCUGGGAGGGAUGCACAGGGCCUCUGGAGGGACAGGACGGACCUGGUCAGAGGACGGUUGCUGUCCUCAUUUGCAUUCCAAGAAGAGCAUGUCCUCCCUCGAGAAACAGUGCCGCCGGCGUGGUGAGCACCUACACCCACGUUCUCAAGGGCAGAUUCUCUCAUGACAUCCAUGGAGCUUGCGAGGCAGCGUGGACUGGUGACUGCGAAGGAAGGCCCCCAUGGUAGAAUGAGUUGGAGCAUGCUCUAAGAGAGAUGCCUGCUUCCUAAAGAUCUACAGCAAUCUGGGACGUGGUUCAAGUUCAUGACUUGAAGGAAGCAAAGAUGCUCUGCACGGUUACAAUGGCUCGGGUGUCAGGGGAGGCUGGAGGGCUUUCCAGCAUUUGCCUCCGCGAGCACCUUUGAGCCGGUCUCUUAGAAGAAGACACAUCCUGGGUGUACAGUAGUGAAAUGGGGAGUGGGUACCCAUUCUGAAAAACGAGGCAUUCCUGCUCAUUCCCUCUGCUUAGCUGGUGGGCAGGGGAGAAAGGAAAAUGCCAAAAACUUGGAGUGAAGGAUGAUGCUAUUUUUUAUUUUUAAAUAUAUCUUCAGGUUAUUUUCUUACUGUUGCUUCAGAUCUAAUGUAAAAGGCAGAUGUCCCCUCCUCUCCACCCCCAACGCCAACCCCGGCCUCAGUCACGCCUCCUUGCAUGAUCACAGUUCUGUGUUCUGGCCUGUGGCAGGGCCGGGAAGGGCCGCUGGCUUCCAAACAGACGUGGUUGCUCUCCACGAGGCCCAUGGGGAGCCCGCGGGCCCUAAGCUUUGUCGCACAUGUCAUCAUUGGCAGAAUUACUUGUCUUGAAAAAUAAGUAGCAUUGCUGAAACACACAGCCGAAUUCUCUAUGAUGGCCAUUUGCUCAUUGUCUUUCCUCUCUGUGUGUAGUGAGUGACCCUGGCAGUGUUUGCCUUCACAGAGUGGCCCCUCAGAACAACAGGGCUGGCCUUGGAAAAACCCCAAAACAGGACUGUGGUGACAACCCUGGUCAGGUGUGAUUUGACAUGAGGGUCAGAGGCGGUUGCUGACCGCAGGACUGGAGAGGCUGCAUGCCCGGCACUGGCAGCGAGGCUCGUGUGUCCCCCAGGCAGAUCUGGGCUCUUUCCCAACCCAGGUUUAUGCGUCUCCAGGGAAGCCUCGGUGCCAGAGUGGUGGGCGGAUCUGACUGUCACCACAGACCAGAAACAAGGAAUUUCUGGGAUCACCCGGUCCCCCUUCAACCCAGUUGAUGUAACCACCUCAUUUUUUACAAAUGCAGAAUCUGUUCUACUCAGGCUAUGGGACUCUGUUCCUCGUCCCCACUCAGUUAUUGCGAGUGUUGCUGUCCGCAUGCUCCGGGCCCCACGUGGUUCCUGUGCUCUAGAUCACGGUGACUCCCCCGCCCUGUGGUUGGAAUUCGAUGCCACGGAUUGCAGGCCAAAUUUUAGAUUGUGUUUCCAAACACCCUUGCCGUGCCCUUUAAUUGGAUUGAAAGCACUUUUACCACAUGGAGAAAUAUAUUUUUAAUUUGUGAUGCUUUUCUACAAGGUCCACUAUUUCUGAGUUUAAUGUGUUUCCAACACUUUAGGAGACUCUAAUGAAAGCCGAUGAAUUUUCUUUUCUGUCCAAACGAGUAAAAUAAAAAUAAAAGUCUAUUUAGAUGUUGA